GUUGGAUCCUCUCAACCCUUUUCAACCAGAUCACUCUUCUGUACUUUCUUCACUUUUCCGAGCCACACAUUCUUGUGCGACUCGUCUUACUUGAUCCGUAUCUCAGUUAAAAUUCUCUCUGGUUGACCGGCCGCCAGCAAUUGGAUUGGGUCAAAGAAACAGCCAGAUCGGCCAGGGUGGGUCCCGUUUCAGAGCCCAAGCCAGGAUCCAUCCAUCCUCGUCUUUGCACCUUGCCUUGCCUUGCAGUGCCUCCAGACAGUCUACUGACUACUACGGAUUUCAGACCUCACCUCUUCUCUUCCUUCCGACCACCACUGCUCCUCGUCCAACCCAUCAUUCUUGGAUCCGCCAUGAUUCUCCUAUGAUCCAUUGUGCAUUUGUUCAAUCAUCUAAUCGGACAUAGCAGCAUCUUCUACUUCUUUUCUGUCCUUCUUUUCCACCUGACACCCUUCCUGUCCAAUGCUCUGACCCUCGGUCAUGCCUGCACGGUAGAACCGGAUCGCACAACCACAGCACUUCCGCUGGCCUUUCAUACUUCAAAACUACUCACAUUCUUCUCGCUCGAGUCGGCGACUGUUGCCAUAACUCAAUUUUAUCGAUUUUCCACAGUGGAGACAACUUAACCUGUUUCCUCCUGUUUGCGAACAGCCUGCGAACAUCGGACAGCGCUUGGCUGAGCGUGCUGCCACCCCCAGGGUCGCCUUCCUAUCCUACAUCCUUUGCUACGUGCAAUGCAGAUCUCCAGCCUGCUGUCAAAAGAGGAGAAAUUUGUUCCCAACAUGCCAUCUGCAAAGUCAAUCACUUUUGAACUCUUGCUGGAUGAAGGCUCAAAGACCAGGGCAAGAAUCCCCUUGCGUGUGGUGCUCAACACCCACGACAGCACAGAGUCCAUCAUCACUACCGUAAAGAACUUCUACGGUAUAUACGAUGGCCAUGGGGUAAGCUUUGAAGAUUCUUGGGGUAAUACUCUGAUCGCAUCACAUGACAAUCUCAAAUCCAAUUCCACUGUCUAUGUGCGAGCACAGCCGUCCAAUGCCCACACAAAUGGCGCUUACUUCAACGACAAUUCGCAUGACACCCGCCGUCGUCCAAGCCUGGGCGAGCCUUUCCAGGUGUUCCCUCCUCAUCUGCGAGAACAGUCUCACUCGCCUUCUCGGCCCUCUUCUCGCCUCGCCCGGAAGCGAAGUGCGUCUCCCACCCAAGGCCGUGGCCGGAGAAGUGCGUCGCAACAGAAGAGAAACCCUCACCCUACUAUCAGCCGUGGCUCCAGUGCCAGCGGCAGUUGUAAUGGGGACAACGGUUACAGCGAUAGUGAAGCUGGCCGCAGCUCCGUCUCAGGCUCAAGGAAGGCUAAGAGCGAACAAUUUGCCAGCUCGGAUAUCAGCACGGCUAAUGUUCUGCAAGAUGGCAGACGUGGCCAGGCCAUAUUUGACAGUUCUACCUUGCCCCUUUACCUGCCUCCUCAAGUCCCCGUGACUGCCUCCCAAUCGUCCAUCAGCCCUCAACGACGAUCUCUUGUACAAGAAGCGCCGUCUCCAUUCAGGCCUCCAGCUCAAAAGCUUUAUGGCAUUGAACAAAUCCCAGUGUUGACUCCUCAAAGCAACGCACAGAAUGUCCACAAUUACGAGGCAAAAAUUGAAUGUGCCAAUGACAAUGUUACCACUCCAGUUCCGCAGCAUGGUCAUAGACUGCGUGAUCGUCAAUCUGGAUACAACAGCAGACAGGGCUAUUCGUCCAGUGGGGUUUUGCCAACCCCCGACCCGACUGUGGCCAGCUGCAUCUCUGAUGAAGAUGUUGCCCGCACGUUGAUCGCCCUUGGUGAUGCAUCCAACUACUCUCAUGGAAGAACGUCCAACUCGACCAUUGACGAAACCUUUAGUGGUGUUGCCGAUGCAGCUUCUUCUACAGGAGCAACCAGCGACAGCGAUGAGUAUAGCGACGCAGAAGGUGGUCAAACAAAGUACAGCAAGUACCUCGAAGAUGAGGGGGAGGACUAUGACCAUGAUGACUCUACUCGUGAUCACGACGAGUUCGAUGGACCCCCAAAGACCAAGAAGAUCAAGACCAAGCUGCACGAUGGUCCGACUAAUGGCUAUCGGCCAAAGUCGAAUUCCAUCACAAAGUCUACCAAGAUUGGCAAGGCUCGUUCAACUGGCAUGCCUAAGCCACCAAAGCAACCUGUGCAGCCUGGAUUGAUGAAGGCACCCACCGCCCCAGCUUCCACGGGCCAGGCUCGCAAGAGCUCUGGGUCAAGCAUCAAUUUCCAGCAUCAGCUUGGGGCCGAUGAAGAGGACCUCUCCUCAAAACCUCGCUGCCAACGAUGCCGCAAAAGUAAGAAAGGCUGCGAUCGGCAGCGUCCCUGCCAGCGUUGCAAAGACGCCGGGAUUGGCAUUGACGGAUGUGUCAGUGAGGACGAAGGCAACGGCCGCAAAGGUCGAUACGGACGAUGGGUUGGUGUUCCGGUCGCAAAGGCCGAGUUUACCGCGUCCGAUGACGGCAGCGUUGCUGCGACAGAGUUUAUCUCCAACGAAGCCACCCUCAUCGAUUCCGUGGGGAGCCCUGACAAAAGCAAAAAAAGAAAGAGGUGACGGCGGCAUUGAGCCGAAUGCGCACUGGAUUUCACAAAAAGUUCGGCGGCUUACUUGGAGAGAACUGGGAGCUAUUACGGGAGAAGGAAAUAGAACGGAAGCACAUGCAGCGCCGCAAAUUGGAAGGACUAUUACGGGUCGCGAGAUCCUCACUCUCGGACCUGGACAGAACGAGAUUGCCAGAAAUGAUGACUCGAGGGUUUUCUUUUGUGGUUAGCUGUUGUCGGUCUUUGUCUUAUCAGGAACCCAGAUUGAAGGUAAGACUUUGUUUCUGGCGCAUGGGAAAGAUGCUUGGGAUUGUGUCCUACUGUGAGUUGCUGCGUCGAAUUUCUGACACCAUCCAUCGGAGCAAGGCACAUUUAGUUUUUGGACGUCAUAUAAGUAACUUCUACGAGUGUAUGAAAUGAGAAAGGCUCAAUAUCUAGAA